AUGGGAAUUACUGAUUUUCUUGAGCAAGCUCUUCAUAGAGAACCACAGCCAGAUACCCACGAAAAAAAGAAAUAUUACAAAAUUGGUAAAGUUCUAGGCUCCGGAACGUAUGGUUCGGUGAAAGAGGCGGUUAAGACGACAACGG